AUGGCCCUGACCGAAGCAGAUAAGGGGAUGCUUGAACUCCAACAACGGCACAAGGUCAGUUUUCACUCCUUUGCUGCUAACCGCCUAUUUUAAAGUACGUGUUGCCAUCUUAAGUUCUUAUGUUCGUUGAACUUGCACUCUUCUUUUUGAUAGAUAAUUAAUCAUAGUGCCUUAUAAAUUGACGUUGUGAUCUGAAAUUUUCCUACCGAGGAGAUAGAGUUUCCGAAGUAUUGGUUUCUGGUUGUGAUGAUAACCGAGAUGUUAUGCAUAUCAAGGUUAAAGUGACGCACCUCAAAGCCAAGCACGACCUGACAAGUAGUCAACUGGACGAGGCUAAAUUGGAACUUUCAGCUCUGGACGGAGAACUGUGUGACGCCAAUGAUGUUAUUGAGAGUUAUAAAGAGGAAAUCCUGAAGUUGGAAUCGGAAAACGAAAGACUGCUCGAGGUCUCACAGGAAGUCCAAACUGCCUGCGAAGCAUUUCAGUCUGAACGCAAGACUCUAGAAGGACGUAUACCACACUUUGAGGAAAGAUGCCCAAGGAUAGAAGAAGAGGUGCGUUUCUGGUCUCUCACUGUAGUCUCUCUUUCCUAA